GCUUCUACGCCUCUUGUUUUUUAUUAAAAAAUAACACGUAGUUGGUUUAUGUCGUAUAUUUAAAUCCCGGAAACCUUUCCCCGUCCCUGUUUUUAUUUUUCGAAAAACGGAAACUUCCAGGUGGUUGGAGCCUGAAUGGCGUCCAUUUCGCUCAGCUCCAGACUCGAGUGUGCUCCGAGCAGAGGAAGUGGCGGGUGAAGCAGGUCCGCACCUUUUCCGGUAACACAGCACCACGGCUGUGCGACUGAGAGAGACUCGGAGGGGGAAGAGAGGAGAGAAAGGUCUGGGGAGCGGGUGCCCGCCGCUUUUUGAAGGGAGAGAAGAGAAGAGAGAGGGAGGACGGAAAACUCGAAGGAAUCAAUGACCUCUGGAGUUCUCUCGGGCAAUUUUCUACAGCCUCCACUUCGCUGGUACGCCAUUAAAGACUGUAAUUGUAAGCAUGAACUCUUGAGGCGAAUCCCGCCGCUUGAAUGUGCUGGAUCGGGCGAGGGGACAGCCGGCGUACAAGGAGGAAGUCUGAACUGCUGCGGGCUGUCGAGAGGGCCUGUUUCGGCGCCGCUGUUUUAAUUUGAAGUCUAAGAUAGUCCACCUCUUCCUCAGCAGUUCUGCAUUGAAGGCGACGGCGCUGCUCCGAGAGCUGGAAAGGACCUACCCUUGGCUAGCUGACACCAAAUAAACGUAAGGUGCCCUUUUGUUGAUGAGCUACCAGCACUCAGCGACAGGUUCAAGAAGAAGGCUGCUAAUCCACACCCUCCCCUGAGCACAUUUUAACUUCGUGGUUUGCUGUUUCAGUUUCGUCUAACUAUGGCAGUCAGUUUAGCUUAGCUAAACCACUGAGGUGUUUUUUUUUAUUUCUUCCAUCUGAUAGCACAAAAGCUUCUGCCCUGGGUCGCUGAAGAGAUCUGACUGACAGAGUUGUGAAGCAAUAUUUCUGCAUUCUGUUACAGUGUCUAAGCAUUGUGGUGUUACACCCAGAAGUAUUAAAGUAGCACAUAAUCUAGCCAAAGGUACAAAACCAAAAAAAAAAGCCUGGACUUUUUCCUUUUCUCCUUGAUAACCAUAAUAUAUGCACGACCAACAAGAUGGGGAAAAUGCUUUCAAAGAUCUUUGGCAACAAGGAGAUGAGAAUAUUGAUGCUUGGACUUGAUGCAGCUGGAAAGACGACCAUUCUUUACAAACUGAAACUUGGACAGUCUGUCACCACCAUCCCAACUGUCGGCUUCAACGUUGAAACCGUCACCUAUAAGAAUGUUAAGUUUAACGUGUGGGACGUCGGUGGUCAGGAUAAGAUCCGACCCCUUUGGCGGCACUACUACACAGGCACUCAGGGGCUUAUCUUUGUGGUGGACUGUGCUGACAGAGAUCGCAUAGAUGAGGCUCGACAGGAGCUGCACCGCAUCAUCAACGACCGAGAGAUGAGGGAUGCGAUCAUCCUGAUUUUUGCCAACAAGCAAGACCUGCCUGAUGCAAUGAAACCACACGAGAUCCAAGAGAAGCUCGGCUUGACCCGGAUCCGAGAUAGAAAUUGGUACGUUCAGCCCUCCUGUGCUACAACAGGUGACGGACUGUAUGAGGGGCUGACCUGGCUCACCUCAAAUUAUAAAUCUUAAUGUACUGUUCAGUUGAACUGGUCAGUGCAAAAAGGAAAAAAAAUGAUGAAGCAAGGAAAAUAUGAAACAGAAGCAUUUAACAAAUAAAGUGGCUUCUCAGAUCAGACAGCAAAAAGAAGUUUGAUUAUCAUCUUUUUCUGUUGAUUUUGACUCCCUGUAACAGUUUUCUUUUAUAUUCUGUACCAAUCCUUUUGGCUGGCUCUUAUGUUUGCUUUGGCACUAUGAUAAUUCUAUUACAUUCAAAUGACAAUUACCAUCUCAUAAUAUUACAUAAAGUAUUGUUUUGGAGGUAUUACAGAGUUGUAGAUUUUUUUUUCCUGUUAUUAAGAGCGAUUUCUUUUUAAUUCAUUGGAAAGUUUUGGUUUGCUCACUGAUCAUCUUUCUUUUCAACCAAGGCACUAUUGUUAGUAAGUUGGUAUUCAGUGUGCAUUUUGCAUUCUUGGAAGCCAGAUUUUGCCCAUGAAUGAAAUGGAAGCCCCACGUGCCCUUUCUCAUUCUCGCUGGCUCACUCGCACUCCAAGGACUCUCUCUACAGAUGUGUUAUCCACGUAUUUGUCUUAGAAAUGGCAAGAUAUCUGCUAACUUCUAUUCAACUGCCAUUGUGCUACAAGAAUGCAAAAAUGAAGAGAGAAAUCAGCCUUUGUGAGUGAAAAGUGCUUAACCAUGAAAGCAAUGCAUAAUUCUGGGAACUCCAUUCAUGCUCACAAAUAGUCUGAGAUACUAUUUUAUAUGAGUUUCCCCCCUCGGUCUGUUAACUUUUCCUUUAUUUUGUUGGGGGGGGGGUGUAUUUGGGUGUCAAUAUUCUUUGGUCUUUUCGUGUGAAGUGCAAGCCAGAGGUGUUUCACAAGAGAUGAGUCAACGUUAAAUAGAACUGUGCAGUCAUACAGUGAGAGAAUUACCAGUAACGUUACUGAGGGAAUGAGGACAAGUACCCACUGACUAAACUGAGCAUUUCUGGACUGAUUUUGGACACCAGAAAGUGUUUGCUAAAUCCCACUCCCUUCAGUCACCUGGAUCUUUCAUGGUGCUCUGGACCCUGGUCUGCAAGUACAGCACCCAUCAGCUGCACAGUCAUGCAAUGCAGUCAGACAAAACUAUUUUUGUCUUAAUAAAUUAACAAUAAAUGCUUUGUUUUAUUCUUUUGACCAAUUUGUUAUGCUGAAGAAAUAAUAAAAAAAAGUAUAUCUAG